CCAAGAUAGACGAGAUAUUGGUUACGAUCCUGCAGAUCCCGGAGAAGUUACCCUGGCUUAUGUACACCCUUUCCUAGCCCUAAUGACAUGGUGUCUUCAGGGUGGCAGAUUUGGCGUAUCGUACAGAUCUGAAUCUCCGCUUGGCCCGUCCCUCAAGUACUAAAAUGUAGUACUGUAACCCGUCUCACCGAGAGAGACUUUUUAGAUGCUUCUUAAGGUGGGAUUACAAAUACUAACUUUGUUUACCCAAAAACAACCUAAGCUUUCUUUCUGGAGACAGGAAAUGAUAGGCCAAUCCUAUACUACUAGUAAUUAUCUUUUAUACCCCUUUCUACUUUGUUUUCCUAUCCUCUUUUUAUUCUUUUUCCUUUUCCUUUUUUCGAGCCAUCGAAGCCCCCUUACCAUUCCAAUUACAGACUCCAAGUAGGAUGGAUACCAUUCCAGAAGCUCCCCGGAGGAACAAAAAGCAACGAGCUGUACUAUCAUGUAUACCCUGCCAUUUUCAAAAAAUCAAAGUACAUACAUACCCUAUGUCCCUCUCGUGGAUGCGUGGUACUGAUAUGGGAUGAGACAGUGCAAUCACGUCAGACCUUGCAGUGCUUGCUGUGUAAGAGGACGACAAUCGAAAUGCGAAUACACGGUCACUCUAGAAGACAGAUGGUUCAUUGAACAGGCUCAGCUUUUGCGGCGUCUACAACAACGGCGUAACUUCCUAGAACAACGGAUCCUCACCCUCCUGUCGGCAUCCAAUAAGAAGAUCCCUGUUUACCUCACGUCUCAACAGCCGGCCCCUCCCAAACAACGAGGAAAACAAAGCCGGUCGCGGAACACAUCUCGAAGGAGUCCAGAUACAUCUACAUGCCGAGAGGCUGUGCAGCCGAAACGGGAAUCCGAUG